CUCCGGGCAUGGAAGGAGGCGGCAAGCUGAACUCGUCCAACAGCCGGGACGAUGGUAACAGCGUCUUCCCCUCCAAGGCGCCCGCGACGGGCGGGGGGCCGGCCGCGGCCGAGAAGCGCCUGGGCACCCCGCCGGGGAGCGGCGGGGCCGGAGCGAAGGAGCACGGCAACUCCGUGUGCUUCAAGGUGGACGGAGGCGGCGGCGGCGGCGGCGGCGGCGGCGAGGACCCGGCCGGGGGCUUCGAGGACGCCGAGGGGCCCCGGCGGCAGUACGGCUUCAUGCAGCGGCAGUUCACCUCCAUGCUGCAGCCCGGGGUCAACAAAUUCUCCCUCCGCAUGUUUGGGAGCCAGAAGGCGGUAGAGAAGGAGCAGGAAAGGGUUAAAACUGCAGGCUUCUGGAUUAUCCACCCUUACAGUGAUUUCAGGUUUUAUUGGGAUUUAAUAAUGCUUAUAAUGAUGGUUGGAAAUCUGGUCAUCAUACCAGUUGGAAUCACAUUCUUUACAGAACAGACAACAACACCAUGGAUUAUUUUCAAUGUGGCUUCAGAUACAGUUUUCCUUUUGGACUUGAUCAUGAAUUUCAGGACUGGGACUGUCAAUGAAGACAGUUCUGAAAUCAUCCUGGACCCUAAAGUGAUCAAGAUGAAUUACUUAAAAAGCUGGUUUGUGGUUGACUUCAUCUCAUCAAUCCCAGUGGAUUAUAUCUUUCUCAUUGUGGAAAAAGGAAUGGAUUCAGAAGUUUACAAGACAGCCAGGGCGCUCCGCAUUGUGAGGUUUACAAAAAUUCUCAGUCUCUUGCGUUUAUUACGACUUUCAAGGUUAAUUAGAUACAUACAUCAGUGGGAAGAGAUUUUCCACAUGACAUAUGACCUGGCCAGCGCCGUGGUGAGAAUAUUCAACCUCAUCGGCAUGAUGCUGCUGCUGUGUCACUGGGACGGCUGUCUCCAGUUCCUGGUACCACUGCUGCAGGACUUCCCACCGGAUUGCUGGGUGUCUCUCAACAACAUGGUUAAUGAUUCGUGGGGAAAGCAGUAUUCGUACGCACUCUUCAAAGCGAUGAGUCACAUGCUGUGCAUCGGGUAUGGAGCCCAGGCCCCGGUGAGCAUGUCUGAUCUCUGGAUCACCAUGCUGAGCAUGAUAGUGGGGGCCACCUGCUACGCCAUGUUCGUUGGCCAUGCCACCGCUCUAAUUCAGUCUCUGGAUUCCUCAAGGCGGCAAUAUCAAGAGAAGUAUAAGCAAGUGGAGCAAUACAUGUCAUUCCAUAAGUUACCAGCUGAUAUGCGUCAGAAGAUACAUGAUUACUAUGAACACAGAUACCAAGGCAAAAUCUUUGAUGAGGAAAAUAUUCUCAGUGAACUCAAUGAUCCUCUGAGAGAGGAGAUAGUCAACUUCAACUGUCGGAAACUAGUGGCUACAAUGCCUCUUUUUGCUAAUGCGGAUCCUAAUUUUGUGACUGCCAUGCUGAGCAAGUUGAGAUUUGAGGUGUUUCAACCUGGAGAUUAUAUCAUACGAGAAGGAGCGGUGGGUAAAAAAAUGUAUUUCAUUCAACAUGGUGUUGCUGGUGUCAUCACAAAAUCCAGUAAAGAAAUGAAGCUGACAGAUGGCUCUUACUUUGGAGAGAUUUGCCUGCUGACCAAGGGACGCCGCACUGCCAGUGUCCGAGCCGACACAUAUUGUCGUCUGUAUUCUCUUUCCGUGGACAAUUUCAAUGAGGUCCUGGAGGAAUAUCCAAUGAUGAGAAGAGCCUUUGAGACGGUUGCCAUUGACCGACUAGAUCGGAUAGGAAAGAAAAAUUCAAUUCUUCUGCAAAAGUUCCAGAAGGAUCUGAACACUGGUGUUUUCAACAACCAGGAGAACGAGAUCCUGAAGCAGAUUGUGAAACACGACCGGGAGAUGGUGCAGGCGAUCGCUCCCCUCAGUUAUCCCCAGAUGACGGCCCUGAAUUCCACAUCUUCGACGGCCACUCCGACGUCCCGCGUGAGGACACAGUCUCCGCCGGUGUACACCGCCCCCAGCCUGUCGCACAGCAACCUGCACUCCCCCAGCCCCAGCACGCAGACCCCGCAGCCGUCGGCCAUCCUCUCGCCCUGCUCCUACACCACUGCGGUCUGCAGCCCUCCCGUCCAGAGCCCGCUGGCCUCUCGAACUUUCCACUACGCCUCCCCCACGGCUUCCCAGCUGUCACUCAUUCAGCAGCAGCCCGUCCAGCAGUCCCAGCCGCCGCCGCCCCAGCCGCCGCCCCACCAGCCACAGACAUCCGGCAGCUCGACGCCGAAAAACGAAGUGCACAAGAGCACGCAGGCGCUUCACAACCCCAGCCUGACCCGCGAAGUCAGGCCCCUCUCGGCCUCGCAGCCCUCGCUGCCCCAUGAGGUUUCCACCAUGAUUUCCAGACCGCAUCCCACUGUGGGCGAGUCCCUGGCCUCCAUCCCUCAGCCCGUGACUGCGGUGCAGGCAGCCGGCCGGGGCACUGUCCCCCAGAGAGUCACCCUGUUCCGACAGAUGUCGUCGGGAGCCAUCCCCCCCAACCGAGGAGUCCCCCCGGCACCCCCUCCACCAGCAGCGGCUCAUCAGAGAGAGUCAUCCUCAGUCUUAAGUACAGACCCAGAGGCAGAAAAGCCACGAUUUGCUUCAAAUUUAUGAUCCCUGCUGAUUGUCAAAGCAGAAAGAAAUACUCUAAUAAACUGAGAAUAUGCUCAGACCUUAUUUUAUUCUAUCUCCUGAUAGAUCCCUAUAGCCUACUAUGAAGAGAUAUUUUAGACAGCUCUGGCCUACAUGCAAAAUGUAAAAUAUAUAUAUAUAUAUACAUAUACUAUUAAAUCUAUACCUAAAAGUCUCAAGAGAAGUUCAACAGACUUGUUUAGCAUUCAGUGUUAUAUGUCUUCCUUUCUUUAAAUCAUUAAAGGAUUUAAAAUGUUGUUGUAAGAUUAUUUAUUUUUAACCUACUUUUACUUAAUUCCUUUGAUAUAUGUAUUUCUCUAUUUUAUGAAGAGUUCUUGAAUUCAAUGGAAACAAACCUCUGGUUUUAAAAAGGCAACUCAAGUGAGCUACUGAAUAGCACCAAUCAAAACUUAUCUCAUUAGCUGUCUCUGCAUCUAAAUUGUUAGUUAUUAAUUAUGGAGGAUUCAAGAGCAAAUCCCAUUUUAUAGCUCUAAAUUGUUUUUUGGUGCUUUCAAUUUUGAAUUAGGUUAAAGAUCACACCUUAUGCUUGGCCGUGGUAGGGGACUAGCAUUGCCACCGCUAUGACUUUCUCUAACCUCAAAUACGUCCACGAUCUUUUAGAGAGCCGAGGGGAUAUUUCUUUUCACGUGUUAUCGGACUUUUACCAAGACUCAAUCAAUGUUAGUUGUAAAUAACUUUUCCAACCCAGAUAAAAAUAUCUAUUCUGUGCUGUAUGAAGGUAAAAGUCAUCGUUGAAGAAUUUAGUUUUAUUGCUUCACUUCGAAACUUAGAUUUUAAAUUUUACAAAACCUAAUUGUGACACUUAUUCAACUGUAAUGCAAUGGCUUGAAACCUACAAUAUUAUUUUAACCUGCAGUGUUUUAUGCAAAAUUGUAUGCUCGAUUCUACAAAUUGCUUGUAUUACACCGAACAUCAUUCCUUUUCUUCCUUCUUGCCAUAAUCAAGCAUCCGAAAAUAGGCCCUGCAUGCUUUUUGGGAAAAAAAAAAAAAAAAAAAAAAGGUUCAAA